AGGCCAGCACACAAUUUUUUCAAGGCAAGUAAAAGGUUAGUUCAACAGUGGUACAAUUGAUCUACAAAAUGAACAGUAUUUAGUUACUAGAACUAUUUUUCCUGUGGAUUACAGCCAUUCCCCAGAGGUGCAUAAUUCGCAUUAAUGGAAAGUGUCAAUGACACUAGUGGGCUGAAACUCCAUAACAACAAGUUGGAGAAGUAUUAUAGAGUGUGUGCAAAGGUUUUGCAAGCUAAGGAAACAGCACAUUUGUGUCAUGAAAUACUGAAAACAUUCAACAUUGACAGUACGACAGACCAAAAACAUGUACAAAUGCCCCACAAUUGCGAACAAGAUCUCAAGUGGGGCUGUGGUUGAGACAGCAGUGGUGCUAGUAGACUGGGAGAGUCAUGGGACUGACUGUUGGGUAUGCAAGGGCAAAGCGGGGAGACCGAAAAAGGCUACAAAGAAGCGAGGGAGACCAAAGGUCGACAGCGGCAAGGGAGUUGCCAACAAUGUUCUAAAAACUGCCCCCACAAGGGAGAGCAGUGCA